CUCGAGUAGUGGUCAGUCUAAAUCGCAGCGUCUUCUCGUUCUCACUCAAUUCGGCAGUAAAGUGUAACAAUGAAGCAGCAAGUCGUUCUUUUCCUAGCCUUGGGAGUCGCAGCUUGCCACGCCGCUGGGCUCUCUAUACCGAAUAUACCGGAAAUCGAAGUGCAGGGCAAGAUACAGUUGAACUCGACGGGCAAUAAUCCUGUCAACGCAGUGACGCAGAUCGGAGAGAAAAUCGCCCCUGCCCUGGCGAAGAGUGGCAGUACGGUCGCGGAAAAUAUCCACGAUAAAGGGACAACUAUAACGAGUACCGUAAAGCAACCACUUCAAGUGCUCAGUCUAUGGGAGGCCAUCAAAAAUGCUAUCGAGUGCAUUGUCAAGUCGUUCUCGGCGAAAUUUGCUUCGUUAUUCCACUAACUUCGUCUGUUUCAAUUACCGAAAUCUACUCUCCAACAAGAAAAAGGCAGAUUUUGAAUUUGUGUAUUUGUAAAAAUAAAUCAAAUUGGAUGUUUCAAUAAAAGCAAACGUAACAU